GCCAUGGAUCCUGGUCCCAAGAAGCCUCUGAAGUGUGUAGCAGCUCCAAAGCAUUGGAUGCUGGAUAAACUGACCUGCGUGUUUGCUUCUCAGCCAUCUACCGGUCCCCACAAGCUGGUAAAACGUCUCCCUCUCAUCAUUUUCCUAAGGAACAGACUUAAGUCUGUCCUGACAGGAGAUGAAGUAAAAAGGAUCUGCAUGCAGCGGUUCAUUAAGAUUGAUGGCAAGGUCCGAACUGAUACAACCUCCCCCGCUGGUUUUAUGGAUGUGGUCAGCACUGACAAGACCAGAGAGAAUUUCCAUUUGAUCUAUGACACCAAGGGUCACUUUGCUGUUCAUUGUAACACACCGGAGGAGGCCACGUACAAGUUGUACAAAGUGAGGAAGAUCUUGGUGGGCACAAAAGGAAUCCUUCACCUGGUGAGGCAGGACACUUGCACCAUCCGCUACCCUGAUCCCCUCACCAAGGUCAAUGACACCCUUCACACUGAUUUGGAGACUGGCAAAAUUACUGAUUUCAUCCAGUUUGAUACUGGUAACCUACUUUUGGUGUCCAGAGGUGCUGACCUGGGAAGAACUGGUGUGAUAAGCAACAGAGAGAGACACCCUGGUUCCUUUGACGUAGUUCACAUGAACGAUGUCAAUGGCAACAGCUUUGCCACAAGGCUCUCCAACAUUUUUGCUAUUGGCAAAGGUGACAAACCAUGGAUUUCCCCUCCCCGUGGAAAGGGUAUCUGCCUCUCCAUGCUGAAGGACAGACAAGAGACUGGUGGUCAAACAGAGUAGUGGGUGAAAUGAGCUCCAGGUGACAUGACUGGGAAAGUCUUUGUACUUAAAGAAAAUACAACACACAUACGCAAAAUAUCCAAAUUCUCCCACCCAGCAAUUCCACUUGCAGGUAGCUAUCCCUGAGACACGCUCACAGGGGCACACAGACACAUGUGGAAGGAUUUUUCUAUGCCACAGUAAAAAACUGUAAGCAAUCUACAGAAUCUCACAUACUAUGAAGUCUUUCUUUUUUUAAAUCCUCACCUGUGGACAUUUUUUUCAUUGCUUUUUAGAGAGAGGGGAAGGGAGAAAGAGAAACAUUGACGUAUGGGAGAAGCACAGACUGGUUGUCUCCCCUAUGUGCCAUACCCAGGAACGUAAGGGCCAGGAACAGGGAUCAAACCACUACCUAGGUAUGUGCCCUGACCGGGAACUGAACCCCCAACCUUUUGG